AUGAACAAUACAAUUCUAGUCGGUCACCAUGAUUCGAAGCGCAAUGAGAUCUUGUCCACUGCUCUUACGCAGCAGGCUCACAGCGCCAAUUAUGACAUGCUGACAUUUCCUAUCACAACCCCUCACUUCCACUCAAGAGUGCUCUCGAUCUUAUCAUCAGCAUUCUUGAAUGAUUCGACUGCACAUGAAGCUUUGCAUUCUAGCAAUGCAGUCCCGGUCUUCGUCGAGCCCCUUACUCCAGCUGACACUCAGCUGACCCCAGAUGACUCAAUCAGUUCCAUCAUCGGUGUAACAAGCACUUGGAUAGACUUAGGGUCUCCGGAUCCCAUUAUUGCAGAUGUUUCCCGUCAAGUCCUGAAGCUGGAGUUAGCAUAUGCUGCUUUUUGUGGAGUUAGCUAUGUCAUUAUUCCUGGCCCUCGACAUGACGCUAGUUGUGAUAUUGCUGCUUAUGCUCGAGCAAUACUGGAUGGGUUGAGUCAGGGUCCGUACAUGACAUUAUAUUUGUGGAUGCAGACACACCCCGAUCCUGUGUUGCAGAGAGAACAGGUUGGCGAUCUGGCCACUUUUGCACGGCGUGGCUACGUUCCAGCAGCAGAGCAGAGCGAAACUAGCAAGGCCGCUUUCCAGACGUGGCAAGCCUGGGACGCUAUCCGCUACAUUUGCAAGUACUCGACUAGGUUGUGCGUAGCACUAUCCAUCCCUGGAACUCUUCCUCCUCCUGCUGUCGUGUCUCGGUGGUAUUCUGAGCCUAUUCGCAUAUUGACCCUUGACGGUACCACGUUCGCCAAAAAUGCAAAGGGUUACCCGGCAUUAUCGGUCAGUCAUCAGGACAUCACUUUCAAGCUAUCGAAGCUCAAAACACAACCUUGGUUAAUAAUUUGUGAUGCCACGCCACUCCCAGCGACGUCGACUACCCCAGGUAAAGCCACAGAUGCAAACUAUCCAUCACUCAAGGCGGCACAAACCAUGCCAGUAACAGCACACGGAGAUCCACAUCUGGAUUACAUACGACACUUGCAGAACAAGCAACGAAGCCUCACGCCGAUGGAUCAGUUCGGUGCUGGCUAUCAGGACUAUCUGCAAGCGCCCCUGCAACCACUGACGGUCAACCUCGAAAGUGUGACAUAUGAGGUAUUCGAGAAGGAUCCUAUCAAGUACGAAUGGUACGAACGAGCUGUAGCUCGAGCUUUGCAUGAUUGGAUCGAGCACAGCAAACCGACUUCAAAUCCUGAUGGUCGCGUUGUUGUAGCGGUCGUCGGUGCCGGACGUGGUCCGCUUGUAAGCAGAGCACUGAAAGCGGCUGAAGAUGUGGGAGUCGACAUUGAUAUGUGGGCUCUGGAGAAGAACCCAAACGCUUUUGUCUUACUACAGCGACACAAUGAAGACAAGUGGCAUAACCAAGUCAGCUUGGUGAAGUCCGACAUGAGGACGUGGCAAGGUCCCUCAACCAACAAGAGUCUAAGCUCGAUACCCAAGACAUACAACGUCGACCCAGAUGAGCUCGAGCAGAACCAUAGUGAUUUGACAAAAGUCAAUAGUCAGAGCUCAAGCAUCCUCAUGCCACAGAUCAAUCGCUACAAGAUCGACAUCCUGAUAUCGGAGCUUUUAGGCUCGUUUGCCGAUAAUGAGCUCUCACCAGAAUGUCUUGAUGGCGUUCAGCAUCUUCUGAACCCGAUACAUGGCAUUUCUAUACCGUCUUCGUACACUGCCCACUUUACACCAGUUGCAGCGCCAAAGCUACACUCCGAUAUCUCUCUGUCAAUGGUACAUACGAAUCCUUAUGCUGCGGAAGUUCCCUACGUCGUGAUGCUUGACCAGGUCGACUUCCUUAGUACAAUGGCACCACAAUCUCAGCAAGACAGCACGUUAUUAAGCCCAACGAAAGCCAAAUCUUUCGCCAGUCUCUUUUCGACUAGCUCAAGUACACGAAAAAGUUCCUCAUCGGCGACGUCGAACCAGACACCCAAGACAAAGAGUGCUACUCCUCCACCUGCAACACCGGUCAUUCACACAGCCUGGUCCUUCCACCAUCCUAACCAUCAAAUCCAUUCCUUGACUACCACACAAGUGCCCACCAAUGCACAUAAUGCUCGCUAUUGUCGUUUUGCCUUUCCAAUCACCAAUCCAGGCACAUGUCACGGUCUAGCUGGCUAUUUCGAGACCGUACUAUACCCUGGUGUAGAGCUAUCCACCAACCCUCUGACUAUGGAGGACAAAAGUGCGGGCAUGAUCAGUUGGUUUCCAAUCUAUUUUCCUUUCAAGUCGCCAGUUUUCUUGGCUGAAGGAGCUGUUUGUGAAGUUAGUAUGUGGCGGAUGACAGAUGACAGGAAGGUGUGGUACGAGUGGUGUAUGGACGUUUUUAUGGCAGUCGCAGAUAUGAAAAUCAAAGUCGGAUGUACAGAAUUGCACAGCAGCGAAAAGGAAGCCUGCUUGAUGUGA